AUGACUGAAGCUAACAUGGUUGGCUAUAAACUUGGUAUAGUAGAAUUUGAAUCUCAACCAAGUGUUACUAACUAUAAACAGAAUAUUAAUCUGAUCAUACAAGGUUCAGAAGAAGCUCUUUGUAACCAUUCAACUAUUGAAAAUCUGACCAACAAUGACAAAGAGCUUCAAUCGAUUAAUGGACAAAAGCCUUCUGCAGUAAAUCGAACACAAGUAUCGAAUGUCACAUUUGAUCCAUCAUUUGAAUUCAAUAAUGGAAGACCUGGGCUUCAACCAGAUCAUGGAAUGAGUUAUUUAUCAAACCCCAAUCUACAGAACUACAAUAUUGAGAGGCAAAAUGAAUCAUAUGCAGAAGAGAAUCAAGGAGAACCAGACCAGCAGCACGAUAUUCAUAAUGACUCAGAACCAAUCCCACACGGUUAUCUAGACCUUGGAGAUCCGAAUUUCAAAUGCCGACAUUGUGGAGCUGAGUUUUGCUCUGGCAACAAAACCAACCAAUGGAAUUUGGAGAUCAUAUCUGAUGUUAUUGAAAUGCUGGAUCAACAUAACGUUCUUGCAAAAAGUUUUCGCAUGGUAAGAGACGUAAUCAGAACUAAUCCACAAACUAAUGUUCGUUUACGUCUUAUUGGGAAAAGGGGCAAAGAUGGAAGGCGAUAUAAUCUACCAUCUGUUGAUGAGGUUGCAGGUUUAGUUGUUGGAGAUUUUGAUUCAAAUACAAAAGAAAGAGAUAUUAUUGUCGAAACAAAAUCUGGCCAACUUCAACGAAUUUCAGAACUCAACCCAUCAUAUUUAGGAUUACAAUAUCCUUUACUAUUCCCUUAUGGUGAAGACGGCUGGAGAGAAAAUAUCCUUUUAAACAAAUUGCCGAAAAAUUCUACACAGGAAAGCUCCUACGUUAGCAUGAGGGAUUUUUUUGCAUUUAGAAUUCAGCAUAGAUCAAGUCGUGAAGGUGUUUUGUUGUAUUCUCGACGACUUUUUCAACAGUUUUUAGUUGAUGCAUUCUCAAUGGUUGAAGCGGCUAGACUUAAAUAUGUAUACUCAAAGCAAAGACAAUUCAGAGCUGAAAUCUAUAAAGGUCUAAAAGAUGCAAUUAUGAACGGUGAAACUGAGGCAUCAUCACUAGGCAAGCGCAUUGUUUUACCUGCAACAUUCACAGGGGGACCACGAUAUAUGAUUCAGAAUUACCAAGAUGCAAUGGCAAUUUGUAGGUCAAUUGGUUAUCCAGAUUUAUUUAUAACAGUAACUUGCAACCCCCAAUGGGAAGAAUUGAAGCGUUAUUGUAAGGAAAAUAAUUUAAAACCUGAAGAUAGACCAGACAUGGUUUGCAGAUUAUUCAAGGCAAAGUUAGACAUACUCAUCAAAGAUAUCCAGAAGAAUAGAAUUUUUGGUACAUCAAGGGCAGUUAUAUAUACUAUUGAGUUUCAGAAGCGUGGAUUACCCCAUGCACACAUACUACUAUUUCUUGCACAAGAGCAUAAAUUCCCUGGUCCUGAUGAUAUAGACAAUAUUAUAUCAGCAGAAAUUCCAGAUCAGACUCUGGAUCCAGAAUACUAUCAGGCAGUUAAGGCUUUUAUGAUGCAUGGACCCUGUGGAAUUGCAAACAAAAAUUCACCUUGCAUGGAGAACGGUGUUUGCACCCGACAUUUUCCUAAAAAAUUCGUAGAGUUUACCACCAUCGAUCAAAAUGGAUAUCCACUUUAUAGACGUCGAAAUGACGGUCAUACCAUUGAGGUUUCAGGUAUUCAUUUGGAUAAUCGGUAUGUUGUGCCACAUAAUAAGUUCUUAUUAAUGAAGUAUGGUGCCCAUAUCAAUGUUGAAUGGUGCAAUCAAUCAAGAUCGAUAAAGUAUCUUUUUAAGUAUGUUAACAAGGGAAGUGAUCGAGUCACAGCUUCUUUUUAUUCAACUUCAACGCUUCCCAAUUCUAAUUCAAUCAUAGAUGAAGUGAAAAUGUAUUAUGAUUGUCGGUAUAUCUCUCCAUGUGAAUCUGCUUGGAGAAUAUUUGCAUUUGAUAUUCACUAUAGAAGACCUUCAGUUGAACGGUUAAGCUUUCACUUGCCCGAUGAACAACCAGUUAUCUUUGAAGAUCAAGACAAUUUGCAAAGAACUGUUGAUAAAGCAACAAUUAAAGAAUCCAUGUUCAUAGCUUGGUUUCAAGCAAACACAGACUAUGAUGCAGCUAGACAAUUAACUUAUAACAAUUUUCCAACUGAAUUUGUUUGGAAACGCAGCCUGAGAAUAUGGGAGCCAAGGAAAACAAACACUGUUAUUGGUAGACUAUUCUUUAUCCCUCCAUCUGCAGGUGAAUUAUACUAUUUAAGAAUGUUACUCAACAUUGUUAAAGGGCCAAGAAGCUAUGAAGAACUUCGGUCUUUCAAUGGUGUUGUUUAUCCUACAUUCAGAGAUGCAUGUUACGCGCGUGGGUUACUUGAUGAUGAUCAAGAAUACAUUGAUGCUAUUGAAGAAGCAAGUCACUGGGAUUCUGAAUAUUAUUUGAAAAAGUUGUUCGCAACUCUUUUGUGGUCAAAUUCAAUGACUCGGCCUGAAGUAGUUUGGCAGAGAUGUUGGACUUUACUUUCAGAUGGGAUACUACAUAGUCAUAUAACUAUGUUCAAUUUACCUGAUUUGGUUUUAUCAGACGAUGAAUUAUCAGAACUUACUCUAAUAGAGAUUGAACAAAUACUUAACAGCAAUGGCAAAACACUUCGAGAAUAUGCAACAAUGCCAUUUCCCAACAUGGAUAACAUCCACAGCAUGAGACGUGGCUCUUUGCAAAACAAAUUAAUAUUAGAUGAACUCCGCUAUGAUCGAGUUAUGUUGGCUGAGCAACACAAGCAAUUUUUAUCACAAAUGACAAUAGAACAAAAAUAUGUAUAUGACCAAAUCCUUCAAGCUGUCAAUUCAGAUUGUGGUAAAGUUUUCUUCUUAUAUGGGUACGGAGGUACAGGAAAGACUUUCGUUUGGAAUACUAUCUCAGCUGCUCUUAGAUCAAAGGGUCAAAUUGUCUUAACAGUUGCUUCAAGUGGAAUAGCUUCACUCUUGCUACCUGGAGGAAGAACAGCUCAUUCCAGGUUUGCAAUCCCCCUAACUCCUGAUGAAUAUUCCACCUGUAAUAUAAAACAAGGAAGCCCACUAGCUGAGUUAAUUUUGGCAACCAAACUUAUUAUUUGGGAUGAAGCACCAAUGAUGAAUAAGUUUUGCUUUGAAGCACUAGAUCGAACUAUGAGAGACUUGCUUCAGCACACAAAUCAUUCAAGUUUACGGUUGCCAUUUGGGGGAAAAACAGUCGUCUUUGGUGGUGAUUUUAGGCAAAUCCUCCCAGUGAUAACAAAGGGAUCUAGACAAGAUAUUGUUAAUGCAUCGAUUAAUUCCUCUUAUCUAUGGCAUGAAUGCAAGUUAUUAACUUUAACUCAGAAUAUGAGAUUAAGGGCUUCAAUAGAAGAUGAAAGCGUCAAAGAACGAAAAGAAUUUGCACAGUGGAUCCUUGAUUUAGGAGAUGGAAAGCUUGCUCAUUCAGAAGAUGGAUACAGCAUGGUCUCUAUACCACCUGAACUCUUAAUUACAAAUUUUGAUGACCCAAUUCAUGCAAUCGUUGAAGCUAUAUAUAGUGACUACCUAAACGAUCCCACAGAGUUCAGGAAUUUGCAUGGCCGUGCUAUUUUGGCUCCAACAAUCAACGUUGUUGAACAGGUUAAUGAUUAUAUGCUAGCUUUAAAUGAAAAUGAAAAAAAAAGUUUAUCUCAGCUCUGA